GCUGAAAGAAGAUCUGAAGACUCGCUGACAGCUGUUACUGGACCUGGAGAGUAGAUGAAGUUCUCUAGACACACUGCAGUCAUCAUCACCCUGUGACCAGACAUCAUCAUUGUGUCCGAAUCCACAAAACAAGUGCUGAUGCUGGAGGUGAAAGGAUGUUUGUCAAGUCCACAGGACGGAUGGAGAGCGAGGUGUGUCUCACUGGAGGAGAAGUCCACUUCUCCUGGUGCAACUACAGAAUUAAGAUGUCCUAAAAGAUGGCUGAGCUCGAUCGGUUUGUGGGUCACAAAUCUCUUAAAACAUGGUUGGGGAUUCAUUCACGGAGUAAUAAAUAACCAGGAAACCCAUCUUUAAUGAAGUUUAAGAAAGUUGAGGUUUGGUGAUGUUAAUAUCAAGCGACUGUAGUGUAAAGUAGUCUGUUUAUAUCCUUGUGUUUGCUUUUCAAAUCUGGAAAUUAUAUUUAGGCUUCAAAAAUUUCAAAUAUUGUGUCAACUUGUAAAAAUGAACUUGAUUGGCAAAUCUUGUAAGUAUCAUAAAUCUUACAUAUUUUAUUUCUUGCAGUCUUCCAUAAAUCUGGGUUGGGUUGGCCUAAAAGAUUACAUCAUCCCUGCAUCACUCUAUUAGCCACAAUAAUUGUUGGUCCCUGCCUGGCCACCCCUAUAAAAACCAUUGACUCCGCCCCUUAUUUGGAAACACCCGUUCUGGUUUAUUUAGGGUACUCCAUUGCACCACACACCCUUUCUCUCUCCAUUCACUGGAUCAUCUGCUCAUCAGACAGCUGUAAGUCUUUAUUGUGUAAGUAGAGACUCAGACGGCCAUUAUUGUGUUGAGGUCAUGAUGAAGUUGGAGGGCAUCGCGGGCAUCGAGCAUUUUGACAGCCCGGGGAAGGGCAGAGGUCUGCGGGUGAACAGAGCUUAUGGAGUCGGGGAGCUGCUCUUCUCAUGUCCUGCUUAUUCCUACGUGCUGUCCGUCAGCGAGAGAGGAUUCAUCUGUGAGCAGUGCUUCACAAGGAAGAAGGGUCUUGCGAAAUGUGGAAAGUGUAAGAAAGCGUUCUACUGCAAUGCAAAGUGUCAGAAAAAGGACUGGCCCGUGCACAAGCUGGAGUGUAACGCCAUGUGCGCAUUUGGUGAGAAGUGGUGUCCUUCAGAGACGGUGCGACUUGUGGCCAGAAUCAUCGCCAGACUGAGAGACCAGAAAGAGAGAAGUCAGUCAGAAAAACUACUCUUACUGAAGGACAUGGAAGCCCACACAGAGGAGUUGGAUAAUGAAAAAAGAGAGCGGACUAAAGCAGACAUUGCUGGUCUCCAUCAGUUUUACUCCAAAUAUCUAGAUUUCCCCGAUCAUCCGGCCCUGCUCACACUCUUCUCACAGGUUCACUGUAACGGGUUCACUCUGGAGGACGAGGAACUCUCUCAUAUAGGAUUAGCCGUGUUUCCAGAUAUCGCCCUCACAAACCACAGCUGCUGUCCCAACGUCAUCGUGACAUACAGAGGCAUCAACGCGGAGGUGCGAGCUGUGCAGGACAUCAGUCCAGGGCAGGAGAUAUAUAUCAGCUAUAUAGACGUGCUGUACCCUACAGUGGACAGGAUAGAGAGACUCAGAGAUGUCUACUACUUCACCUGUGACUGUAAAGAGUGUACCACCAAAUCCAUGGAUGCGAUGAAGAUGAGGGUGAGGAAGUUGAGUGAUGAGAUCAGUCAAAAGGACAGCAGUGAUAUGGUGCGUUACGCUCGGAACGCCAUUGAAGAAUUCCGCAGAGCCAAACGCGAGAAAAGUCCAUCUGAGCUGUUGGAGAUGUGUGAGCUCAUCAUCGAUAAGAUGGGUUCGGUUUUCGACAACUCUAACGUCUACAUGCUUCAUAUGAUGUAUCAGGCCAUGGGCAUCUGCCUCUUCACUGAGAACUAUGACGGGGCGGUUCGAUACGGCGAAAAAGUUCUCAAACAAUACAUUGUGCUUUACCCUGCAUACUCUCUGAAUAUAGCGUCAAUGUAUCUGAAACUGGGCAGACUUUACAUCGCUCUGGAUAGAAAAUCCAUCGGCAUCAGCAGCCUUAAAAAGGCUCUGGCCAUUAUGGAGGUGGUUCAUGGCAAAGAUCACAUGUACGUGGCAUCGCUCAAACGAGAAAUAAGUGGUGAUGCAUAAUGUGUGUAUGAGAUCUUUUCUGUCAGAACACAAUUUUAUUUAGUAAAUUUAUGUGUUUACUAGAUUGUAUAGACGAAAUAGAUUUAUUAUGUUAAAUAAAUUUAUUUCUCAUGCUUGAUGAUAAAAUCUCAGGAAAUCUUAAAUUUUAACAUGACUAUCACACUCCUAGACUAGUCAUGAUGUAUGUGUUGAUGUGACACAAAUCA